AUGAAGGAGAAGGGUGUGGAACCCGAUCUUGUUACGUAUAAUACUUUGAUUUUUGGGUUAUCGAAAUGUGGGCGGAUUAUGGAGGCUAAGAAGUAUUUGGGUGUCAUGGUCGAAAUGUGUCAUUUCCCGGAUGCGGUGACAUACACUUCAUUGAUGAACGGAAUGUGUCGGAAAGGGGAUGUCUUGGCUGCAAUGGAGUUGUUAGAGGAGAUGCAAGCGCAGGGGUGCCAGCCAAAUGUUUGCUGGCAUAAUACCUUGCUUCAUGGAUUGUGUAAGUCGGAAUUUUUAGUGAAAGGGUUGGAAUUGUAUCGGUUAAUGAAAGAAUGCCGGAUGAAGCUUGAUACAGCUUCUUAUGCUACACUCGUGAGGGCACUUUGUAAGGAUGGUAGGGUUGCAGAUGCUUACGAAGUGUUUGAUUAUGCAGUUGAGAGUAAGAGUGUAACUGAUGUUGCUGCUUACACGACUUAA